AUGAUGGUGUACUUCCUCUCAGACAGCGCAUCAGGCACACAUCCCAACCAACUGGUUUGGAUUUCUUGUCUUUCGAGCAUGACGGACGCAAAAUCAGCUUUAUCAGAGCAGGUAGGCCUAAUAAAAACAGUAACAGUUGACAUACUAAUUGUAAAAGUUGCAGAAGUAGCCACAUUUUGAAAUAUGUCCUCUCAAACAGGACAUUCAAAAGAAAAUAGAGGAAACAAGACACAUAUUCCGGAUCGAAUAUGCACAAGGUGAGCGCUCUGCUUUCUACUGGUAGUCCUGGAACAGCUGUUUGUGUAUAGAGUAGGCUAAAGUAGGAUUGCGCAACAACAACAAAAAUGUAUCCUGAGAACACUGAAAUCCAUGUGCAUUUACACCCUUUGAAGUGUAUAUUAACCCAGGUGUGUGUUGUGCAGUAUAUGCCUCUUUUGAUGCUCCAUAGUUGUCCAUACCAAUCACAAGUCGAGUAUUUUAACCUGAAACUAUCACUUUUUUUUUUAAAGACAGAAGCAGCUCAACUGAAUUCAAUGUACCACACAAACGCACAGCGUAAUAAUACUGUGUGUCAUACAUUUUCCAACAGACUCAGCAGACAAGUAUGACUCAAGGGACGUGGACAGGUUAUGGAAGGACGAUGUUUUGGUUGACGGUUAUCUGGAAUGGCGACACUAUGUGGUGGAGGACAGCUUGAAGAUGAUCGACGAGAGUCUUCAGUGGAGAAAAGAAUUCAAACUGAAUGGUGGGUUGACCUUUGCAUUUACAGGGACUUGAUGUCAACCAGUACCGUUGUCCAAUACUGUAUAGCUGUAAUAACGAACAUAUAGCUCCAACAAAGAACAGUAGAAUAGUUGGCUAGGUUAUUGUGCAUUCUGCAAAUUGCUGACAUACUUCCACUGGUUGAACAUGAUGGUGUUGAUAAGAUGUUUCCUGCUUUGAGAUGUAUUUAUGUAAUGAAUAGCGCUAUAUAAGUAUAAUAUAUAAGAAUGAUGUAUUAUUAUUAUUAUUAUUACUAUUAUAGACAGCAGUGAUAGUCCGGUUUGAUUAAUUUAUGAAUAUCCCUCCUUUAUCUUCCAGACAUCAAUGAAAGCUCUGUUCAAAAGUCUCUUUUUGAGUCAGGCAUGCAUUAUCUCCAUGGCUACGAUAAAGAGGGCAACAAACUGUGUAGGUUUUUGUGUUCUCUUUCCCAACAUAUGUGCUGACAAUCAAGAAGGUUCUGUUGUGAAAAUGUUUUUUCUGAGAUACCUCAUUUAUAGCCACCCUCAUCAUUUUAUCUCUUGUAAAAGCCUCAUCCUCACUUUGGGGUGCUGUGAUCAUUUUCUAUGCAUCUCACUAUUCAGAUUGUAGUUUCCUGAUUUAGGUGCACACACAACUCAAGUUAGGAUUGGGAUUGGCAAUCUUGCGUUUUUGUAUGGUGGAUUAGUUGGUAUUUUUGAGCUAUUUGGGUCUCUGCCUCGAAGGCCACUGAGCUUUAACCGUAUGUUGUCUGCCAAGUCUGGUUCAGGGUUAAGCUGCACGUGAAGGAUGUGAAGAUGUUGACAGAGAAGAAGAGGUACGUGGCCUUCUGGUUGGAGAGCUACGCCCGGCGGGAACCAGGGGUUCCCCUCACCGUGAUCUUUGACAUGUCCGAAGCAGGUCUAAGCUGCGUUGUAAGAUGUCCACUCUCUGCUCUCCUUUCAUUCCCCUCUAGAUGCUUUGUGGGAUUUGUGUUGUAGAAGUUGGUAAAAAUUCCCAAACAUUUUGUGUUAACAAGUCACUGAGUGGAUCUUUACACACUAAUGCUUGUCUUUGGUUUCCUUUUAAACUACCUUUGUGAAGACACACUAAGGUGAACCUGAACUAUCCUCACCUAUUCUCUGCUCAAGUAUGUGCUGUUGUUUACUUUCCAUAUUAUGUACAGUGCACUGUGCAUGACAAGCUCAAACAUGUAGUAGACGGCAAGCUCUGAAGAACUAGAUGCUGACUAUUAUAUGUAUUCUACUAUUUUUCUCUCUAAAUUGGUUUCUUAGGAGCAUAAGAUUGUAUAAACAGAAGCAGUCUUGAGUACAUUGAGACAAAGUAUUCUCUAUUGCCAAAUCUGGGUCAUGCCUUAGCUUGGGGCUCAAAUAUGGCAGGAGACAUACAGUACAGCUGUGUCCUUUCCAAACAGGUUUCCCCUCACAUACCGGGUUGAAAGAUGUAUUGGUUUAUUUGUUGAAAAUAUUUAUUUAAACAAUAGGAAUUCUCUCUCUUUUCUCUUGUAGGACAUGGAUUUGAUCAAAUAUAUAAUAAAUUGCUUCCAAGUGUAUUACCCUAGAUUGCUCUGUAAGUAUCUAUUUCUUCUGGUGUUCUUCCACCACAGGAGGCUGCUGAAGGGAGGACGGCUCAUAGUAAUGGCUGGAAUGGAGUCAAUGAAAUGGUAUCAAACACAUGUCUUCGAUACCAUUCCAUUGAUUCCAUUCCAGCCAUUACUAUGAGCUCGUCCUCCCCAAUUAAGGUGCCACCAGCCGCCUGUAGCUUCCACCUGGUGCAUUUGGUCCCAUAGUGUAAAAGGACUCAGUGAACCCAAUUGCAUGCCUUUGUUGCCUACAGAGAAUGUAAAAUGAAUCGUGUUAUGAUUUAUGUGUCCUAUUUAAUUUCAGCCAAAAUGCUCAUGUACGAGAUGCCAUGGAUCAUGAAUGGUGAGUCACUUAAAGAAGAAAAUGCUACGGUUCCACUCAAUGUCACUGCUGCAGUCAGUACUACUAACUACACUCCCCCCAUCUUCCCUUAUAGCGGCAUGGAAGAUAGUGAAGAACAUGCUCAGUCAAGACGCCAUCGACAAGCUGAAGUUUGUGUCCAAGAGUGACAUCCAGAACUACGUUGAUGGAGAGCACCUCCCGUCCUACAUGGGAGGAACUGUGUGUAACCUACCACUCAAUGGCCACAAUAACCCCCAUACAUACAAAUAUCUACUGUGCACAUAAGCACAUGCCGAUGUUAAAACAUCUGUGUAUGCCCAUUGGCUAACAUGACAACAUGCAUGCACGUUACUUUCAGCACAGUGCAUAUGAUGCACAUGACUGACAUAUUCAAGAGUCAUACAUCCAUGUUCUCAUGUAAAGCUGCUGUGUCUGUGCACACACACAUACUUGCAUGCAUAUAAACAACUCCCUCUGCUGGUAUCAUGCAUACAGUGCAUAAAGCAAUACUAUUUUGUAUACACACACCUUGCCAGAAUUCAUCACCAAUACGUUGAUAAAUAAUUGAUGUAUUACAAAUGCAUUGCAUUUACCUUGGAGUUAUUUUCACAUUUUCUCCUAGGAUCCAUUCAAAUUCAGUUACCCGCCUUUGCCUGAUGAUGUCUUCCAGAACCCCAUAUCAGAGACUGGACAAGAGGAUGACACUGAGUCAAAGGAUGAUGACCUGGAGGCCAAGGACACCCUGGAGCCGAGCUCUCCUUCACUCAGAACCAGAAAUGUUGUUCUUCAUUCCCCCUAUGACACCCCUUGGUUUUAACACUGAACUUUGUUACACUCUCGAAUGAUAUCAACAACAGGAAUAUUAGUGUCCUUGAGCUCAAUUUCUCUCUUUGUCUGAGGCAGGUAUACUUUGCAGAGGAUGGGGACAAUGAUGCAGCCAUCAGAUGGAAAGGAUCCCGUAGGUCAACCGUCACUUUUAAAGGCACCUUACUCUAUAUCAGGUUAGCUUUGGAAACUGUGUAUUUUCCCUGAUACAUACAGUAUAGUGUAAGCACUUCAAAAACUAAUUGAGUCACAUAGUUUCCAACCACAGACCUCACACUACCUUUUAAGGUUAUGAGUCCACUGUUUACACUGAGGCUGCUAGACAGAGAUGAUAUGUGGCUCCCACACUCUCACUCUCUUUUUCCAGUCCUGCUGAGGAGUUGUGCUUUGGCCCCAGAGAGAGUGAGAAGAGAUGUCUGAUCAUGCUCAAUAAUGUCACCAAAAACCAAGUGGCCUUCAAGGUCAGUUCUCAUGCUGCUCUUUCUAAGUGUGUGAAUGAAUCAUUACAAUGUACUUGUAUGAGAGCACCCUUGUUUGUGCGGCCUCAGGUGCGGACCACAGCCCCAGAGAAGUACAGGGUGAAGCCCAGCAGUAGCAGCUGUGGGGCGGGCACGAGUAUGGAAAUCACUGUGUACCUGCAUGGAGGUACUACAUAUCGUAGCCAUAAUUCUACCAUCUCCUCUGUCUCUUUGUAAUACAAACCCAUCAUUCAGGUUUUGAAAAGGUCAAGGACUGGCCCAUGUGGAAUUGUAGCUGUCCUCUAAUCGUUUGUGCUCGGAUUUCCUCCUCUCCAAUUGGCUCUCAGGUUCCCUGUGCUCUCCUCAGGACCGCUUCUUAAUCAUGGCUGCUGAGAUGGAGCCAAGUAGUGGUGGGGGGAAGCACAGACCUCGUCCAGUUCUGGAAGGACGUCCCAAAGGCUAAAAUAAUGGAGCACAGGUAGCACCAUACAUUGUACACACACAGAACACAACUCAAACCAGUUUUUAUGAGUAUUGGUUUGUUGACUGUCACCAAAGGCAACAAGGCCUCGAGGACGCAUAUUUAAGGACUGUUCACCAGUGGUCUUCUACUUUCUUUACCUACAGGCUGCGAUGUCGCAUGCUGGAGGGCAUGAAGUCGGCACUCAGCCCUGUGACUGACAGGUCUUACAAAAUGGAGACCAAUGGCUACCAAGACAUGCACACCAAGGUGAGUUGUGACCUCGGGCGACAGACUCUGACACACACCCUUAUUAUGCAAAUGUACAAUAGAACAAUUACAUAUUGACUAUUAUCUUUGCCUGCUGAAGUGCUUUUCAAUCUAUCAAGACCAUCUGAAGUCAGUGUGUGGUCUGAAAACGGUUCUUCACCUGGGUCGUGUUCCAUUUGGCAUGGAAGGGAAAACAUCUUCAAAUGUUUUGCAACUGAAGACAAAAAUGUGCAUUUCUUACGGGACAAGGGCAGGUAGUCCCACCCUGUUUUGGUCUGUUUUCUUCCAUUUGGCGCCUAAUGAAUAUGCCCUUGGUGCCCCCUGUUCCUCCCCCAGCUUGUUCAGUUGAUGGCCAGCAGCUCCAGGCUGGAACAGAAGAUGGACCGCUGCCUGCGGUGGCAGAAGCUAUUGACUGUACUGGUGACUGCGCUGACGGCCUUAGGCUUCUCUGCCCUCUACAUACAGUACACUGGGGAGUGGCCAUUUUUUAACUUUCCCACAGUGGAGGAAGAAGACAAAAGGACCAGUCACAGUGGAGUCAGGAUGAAAGUGGAUUUCUGAUUGGAGCAGAAAUAUGAGGAACUGCUCGCAAUCCACUCAAUGGCCUUUGGACACUGUGAAUACAAUCAUAUUUCCACACUAUCAGGUUGGAAUAAUACUGUGAAAUU